AUGGCACUCAGCAGUGCUUCGCAAACGAAAGCCAUCAACACGGGUCACUGCACGCCAACAGCGACCUCUUGUCGUCCUGCCAAUGUCCCCUCUCCCGACACCAGCAUGAUAGAUCUGGAGACGAGCAUUUCUCAGGGGCUACAGUUUGGGAGUGACAAGGAUACAAAGAUGGAUGGCCAGGUGUAUGGCAGCGACUGUGCUCCUCAACCCGUACUCAUGUCCAAACCUCGAGUCUCAAGCAUCCAAGCUCCUACUAUCGAAUACCCGAAGAAUCAUUUACUCGGCAUUCCUCUAGAAGUUCGCGACACCAUUAUAGGCCUGGUUCAUGCGACCAAGCAGGUGGUUGGUGCUCGCCCUUCCACCGGGUGUGCGACAUUUCAGCUCGUCUGCCGUCAGACGUAUCACGAAACAUACUGCUACUUCAAUACCGAGACCACUGUACUCACACCAGCCAAUCGACUUGAAGAAUUCCUCGGGAGAUCGCUGAACGUUGCCACAAUCAGAAGCAAGGCUUACCGGAGCGUCAGAAGCCUCUUUCUCGAAGUUCCGCACAACAGCGACCCGAUUGUAUUCCUCCAACUGGCCGAGGUCUUGAAACAUUCAAUCCAGCUUGAAGAGCUGCACCUGUUCGGAAUCGGGGCAGAUGGUUGUGGAGAAAACACGAGUUCUUCUGCCCAUCCUUGUGGAAAACAUGACACUUUGAUGAUGCCAGCAGCCCGCAUGCUAUCCAUUGAUGGACAGCAGUACCAAUGUCGCCUAGCUAUGGUCAACAGCAUCCCAUGGCUAAAGAGAUUAAGGGUUCUAGUUCUGGAUAACCUCAACCUUCCUUUGCUUCAAUCGCAUGUUCUCAAGAACAAACCACAUCUGGAAACAUUGUACAUCGCAGCAGAUCCACGAACCGUGCUGCAUGGGGCGUACGCGAACAAGAUCGCCUAUACAGUUGGCAACCUCGUCUUCCCGCCGGACGGAAAGGCUUCUCCGGUCAAACAACUCCGCGUCGAUUCCAAUGCCAUUCUCACUGCAAGUCAGAUCACCUUGAAGACGGCCAGGACCCUAGAAAGUCUCGAGUUUGUCAUCCCCGAUAUGUUGUUUCAAUCGCAUACGAAGGGAAUCAACUUCUACAGGGAAGCCACCAUUAUGUUCCAUAACCUUCACAUUUUUGCGAGACAAUUGCGUGAACUCAAGAUCUGCGUCCAUGGUGUCAUUUCGGAACACUGCCAUCGACACGCAAAUUUCAUGGGAGCUCUCAAAGACUGCAUUUCACGCAUGAGAUCUCUGCAGCUCAUUGAACUCCACGUCAAUGUUCGAUCACCUUGGUUUGCCCAAGAAUUCAUUGAAGCGGUACCUCGGUCUGUCACUCGACUCUACCUCACCGACCUCCUCGUCCAGAGAGAUCUCAGUGGGAUCUCAGACUUGGUUGCUGACAAAACCAAGACGCCUUUGUCGUAUUCGAGCGAUGUCGAAGCCCAUGCCAUUGGAGAGGAUCUUAAGAGAACAGAUUACAUCGAGUUCAGCAACCAUCGCCUGGCCUUUGUAGGUUACGAGUACGAGGUUUUGGUCAAGGAGACUGCUGCGGAGGCGCAAGCGGAAGCCAGAACUAUGGACAGAUUCCUGAAUCUCAAUGGCAGAAUGUUGGACAAAGAACGAAACCGACACCUGGCUCCACUGGAGGGGAGAGGCAUACGGUUCAAGAAGGGCAGCAUUGGAAUCACUGGGCUGACCUUGACAUCUCAGGGUGAAGAUGCUACUCGUACACAAGCAAAAGUUGAGAAAUAUCGCAAAGUCCUGGACAAGUGCGGCUUGGGAGACAAUGAAUAUUUUGGGAACGAAAAUGCCGCACAAGCCAUCUUUGACGCCGAGCCCGCGGCCAAGGGCGGCGACUACAGCUAUCCGGUGACUGUAGAGGUUGAGGAGGAGUUCAAGUUUUCCAACCACUGGCUGAGUAAGUGA